AUCCCCACCAACAUUCACUAAAACUUUACGUCCACGAAAGUCAUGGCAUUUAAUACGUGAAUUUAAUUUGAUGUCUGCAGGGAGUCAACGGAAGUGCAAGCUUGUGUGUUAGAAAUAUAUGUCUGAUAGAUUAAUAAUAGAUCGGUGACUAUGAACAUAAGUAUAGCAAUGUUAAUCAUAAUGGUUUCAAAUUUUGCUACAAGAGCAUCGAUUAAGGGAGAAGGGGUGAGUCGAUUACAUAAGAGCCCAACGUUUCCAUGGUAUUUAUUUCAUCGAUCCCCAAAAGAUGAAAGAUAAAGCCGACCUCAGCGAAGUUUGAACUCAGAACGUAGCGAUGGGAGAAAUACCACUAAACAUUCCGUCCAGUGCGCUACCGAUUCUGCCAGAUCGCCGUUUUAAGCAAUGUUAUUCAGAAUGAAAUAUCAAAUAUAUCUUUUAGAAGAUCACCACCACGGCCGAUGGAGACAAUAAUGAAGAUUCGUUUAUCAGAGCCAGAUGUUAACCACAGUAACCAUGAUUAAUGGAUGACAUUGGCAUAAAACAACCUUUGUACAUUUGAGACAUCUGGAAUACUUAUCAUUGUUUCAAAAACUAAAGGAAAAUGUUUUAGAGGACAAAUAUAACCCAACUGCUAUAAAUCUAGACUGGAAUUCCUGUGAAAUAUUUGCUCUGAACGAAGAUUCAUAGAAACAUUUCUGCAUCUCAUUAUCUGCUGCUUUUGCAUUCUAAUUAAACUUGAUUUUAUUUCUAAAGCAGUUUGCAACAUCUUUAGAUAUUGAUAAAGGUCACAGUUGAUAGCAGUAGAAACAUUUCUAAGGAAUAAAUUAUAAGAAGAAAAAGGAAAUUGUAUCUUGUGGUGAGAGAAGAAAGAUAAAGGAAAAAUUUAAUACUGUGAGAAACUUCAAUAGUUGGGUUGAUUUGUAUCCUCUAGAGAAAUGUCAAAAGAAUUAGGAAAAUCACAACAUUGUUGUGAAAUCUGUGGUACAUCAUAUCCUAGACGUAGUGAGUUGGUUAAACACAUUCGUGUUCAUACAGGUGAGAAGCCAUUUCACUGUGACAUCUGUGGGAGAUCAUUCACUCAGAACGGUAGCUUAAGUAAACACAAACAUAUCCACACAGGAGAGAAACCAUAUCACUGUGAUAUCUGUGGUAAAUCAUUCUCCGCAAAAGCUAACUUAACCAUACACAAACGUGUUCAUACAGGAGAGAAGCCAUUUCACUGUGUUAUCUGUGGUAAAUCAUUCUCUGACUGCAGAAUCUUAAGAAGACACAAACGUAUUCACACAGGAGAGAGACCGUAUCACUGUGAUAUCUGUGGCAAGGCAUUCUCUGGAAUUAAUAACUUGACUACACACAAACGUAUUCAUACAAGGGAAAAACCAUAUACUUGUGAUAUCUGUGGCACAUCAUUCUCUGAUUCCAGAAUCUUAAGAAGACACAAACGUAUUCACACAGGAGAGAGACCGUAUCACUGUGAUAUCUGUGGUAAAUCAUUCUCUAGAAUUAAUAACUUGACUACACACAAACGUAUUCAUACAGGGGAAAAACCAUAUGCUUGUGAUAUCUGCGGUAAAUCAUUCACUGCAAAUAGUACCUUAAUUCAACACAAACGUAUUCAUACAGGAGAGAAGCCAUAUAACUGUGAUAUCUGUGGCCUCUCAUUCUCUCGAAAUAGUGCCUUAACUAAACACAAGCUUAUACAUACAGGAGAGAAACUAUAUCACUGUGAUUUUUGAAGGCGGAGAAUCUGGAUGUUCUCUCUGUAGAAGUGAAAUUUUGUCAUAAACAUGGUCAUGCUGCACAGUAACAAGGGACCUGGUUGAAUGGAGAAGAACGCAGAUGCCAUGAACUGUACUGCGAAUAUCCUCGGUCAAUGUAAUAAGCUUUGCAAUGACAUCUUUACCAAAUUUGUUGAGACUGGAGAAAUUUCGGUGCGGAAGAUGGCUGGGAAUCAUAAUCCAAAGACUUCAGUAGAUCCUGAUCUUCAUCUAAAUCUAAAUUGGUGAUUCAAUACUGUUGCUCUUUAAAUAUUCACAGAGAUUUUUCUCUGGUGGAUAUCUAUACCACUGAUAUUGUUUGGAAGACCUUAGAAAUUCUGUGAUGGUGAUGGUGUUCAAAAUACAUGAAACCAAUUCCAAGACAGACAUUCAUCGCAGUGGAAUCCCCUCAUUUCACCUGGACUGUCACUCAUUAGUGUGUGUAUUAAUUGUUCUCCACUGCUUGUUACAUUAAUCUCCCCCUCUCCCCCAAUCAACCAAACUACACCUCUUCACACACUACAAUCCCUUUCCCUCCACCUGCUCCCCAUUUAUUUACGUUGUUUAGAAAAAAAAAAUUCAUUUUGUUCACAAAAAUUUAAUUUAAAAAAAAGUGUAUGUAGUUAACAAAAACUGGUAGUGUGUUAUUUUUA